UUCACCUGAACUGUUUUCCCCAAGAGAAGAACUCAUCUGCCUUACAGAAAUGGCUGCUUCAAAAUCAUUUUCACUUCUUCUUCUCCAAUUCAUCUUUGUUUUAUUUGUGUUUAACCCAGUGAAUGCUCAACUGAAAGUAGGGUUUUACUCCAAAACUUGCCCACAAGCUGAGGCCAUUGUUAAGGAGGUUAUUGAUCAAGUCAUGUCAGUGGCUCCUUCUCUUGCUGGCCCCUUGUUGAGGAUGCAUUUUCAUGAUUGCUUUGUUAGGGGUUGUGAUGGGUCAGUACUGUUAAACUCCAGUACUCAGCAAGCUGAGAAAAAUGCACCUCCAAAUCUGAGCCUUCGAGGAUUCCAAAUUAUCGACAGAGUCAAAUCUGCCUUGGAAAAGGCAUGCCCUGGUGUGGUUUCAUGUGCAGACAUCGUGGCUAUUGUGGCUAGGGAUGUCACAGUUGCGACCAAGGGACCUCGAUGGGAAGUUGAAACUGGACGAAGAGAUGGAAGAGUUUCCAAAUUAAUAGAAGCCUCUAACAACUUGAUAGCUCCUACUGCUAACAUUACCACUGUAAUAGCAGGAUUUCGAGCUAAGGGUUUGAGCAUAAAAGAUGCAGCGGUGCUAUUAGGUGGCCACACCAUUGGUACUUCUCACUGCUCUUCAUUCAAUUCCAGGCUUUACAAUUUCACUGGAAAGGGAAUCAAUAAUGACUCUGAUCCUACAUUGGAUUCAGAGUAUGUUGAAAGGUUGAAAAAGAAAUGCAAGCCAAGAGAUCAAAAAACACUGGUAGAAAUGGAUCCUGGGAGCUUCAGGACAUUUGAUGCAGACUACUAUACACUUGUGAGCAAAAGAAGAGGUCUCUUCCAGUCUGAUGCAGCUCUCCUUGACAACAGUGUGACAAAAGCUUACGUUAAGCUUCAGGCUGCCACCAAGGGAUUCACUUUCUUCAAAGACUUUGGUGAGUCAAUGGUGAAGAUGGGUAGGGUUGGAGUUGUUACAGGUACAUCAGGUGAAAUCAGGAAAGUGUGCAGCAAGGUUAACUAGACAAAGUUGAAUGUGGAAAUGGAGAGAAUAUUUCCUACGCUCGAUCGUUUUACUAGUUUUAUUAUUUAGUAUUUAGUUAAUAAAUUUGUCCUUUUUCUCUUUGAAUAUUUGCUCAGAAGGUUUAUUUUGAGACCAUAAUAAGAAGAUUUCAACACGUGGACAAAUAUUGAUCAUGUACUCGGGCAAUAAAUUGUGCAUGUUUCAUGCAAUUGGUUGGAGUU